CAAAAAAAAAAAAAAUCCCAUAUUUAAUCUAAAGUGGGUCUUAGCUGGAACGUAAAAGGAUUGAAGUACAGAUUUAUAGCUGCCUAGCAGCCGAUUAUAGCGGAUGCAGAAUUCUGGGAGUUGGAGUUUCUCCCUGCAGCGGGUCUGCUAAGCUACACUUGCAUGCUAGUUUGUUCACCAUGUGGAGUUUGCAGUAAAUAGAGAGAGACUUCUAGCCUGUAGCUAACUGUGUGUCAGUUAUCAUGUCUUUUUGUUUCAACUUCGAUGUUCCCGGUCAAACAACAAAACGAGAGGAGGGGGAUGAAAGUAUUUUGCAAAACGAGAAGAAAGACAAUGCAGCUAAACCUAUUGAGGACAAUACCAGAGCAGCAGCGCUUUUAAAAGAGGCGAAAGAGCACCUUCCAACAUCUACCCUGCAGUUCCUUCUCAUGGAUGCUGUUGCUGAAACAGUCACUAUAGGGACUCUUCCUGCUCUACAGUUUUUAAACGAGACAGUGUUUGAAAAGACGGCGGCAGAGAGAGAGGAUGGGGAGAAUAUCCUGUCUCGCACCGCUGAGCAGAAGUCUGAUCUCAUCUCUGGCGUCUACGAGGGAGGGCUGAAGGUGUGGGAGUGCACGUACGACCUCCUGGAACUGAUUGAGAAAGACGGAGAGACCUUUGGAGGGAAGGCGGUUUUGGAUUUGGGCUGUGGCGCGGGGCUGUUAGGGAUAUUGGCUCUUAAAAGAGGAGCCAGGCAGGUCCACUUCCAAGAUUAUAACAGUACGGUUAUUGAACAGCUCACAGUGCCAAAUGUAAUGCUAAACUGCCAAGAUGAGGAUGAAGAAGACAGUGAAGAGGACAAAGAAGGGAGUGGUAAGGGGAAAACAAAGGGAGGAAAGGGUUGUAAAAAGGAGAAAGACGAGUCAGAAGAUGGCGUCUCACCACCAAAGAAAAGAGCCAUAGACCUUUCCCAGCACGCACUUCUCUCCAAGUGUCGUUUUUUCUCUGGUGACUGGAGCACAUUUCUUUCUUUGGUUCAAAGGGAAGACACACAACCCAAAUAUGACAUUAUAUUCACCUCAGAGACGAUCUACAACACGGCUUACUACCCUGCGCUACACGAGACCCUCUACAAACUGCUUGCUCCAGACGGGUUGAUCUACCUCGCCACUAAAUCACACUACUUUGGUGUGGGUGGUGGACUUCACCUGUUUGAGAAGUUUGUGGAGCAGAGGGGUAUUUUCUCUUUGGAUCAUGUGUGGGAUGGCGAAGAAGGACUUCAGAGGCAUGUCGUAGUGCUACGCCUCAAAAAGGCAAAGGACAAUUGAAUGUACUAAAAUCACACAGGAGCCUUUUUCCCCUGCUCAGAAUCAGUUUAACUGGCUAGUAUUUGGGCACAACCACGAGCCUUAACUCUGAUUUUACAUUAAUCUCAAUCAAUUGAUAAACUGACAUACUGCACUAAAAACAAGGACAAUUUAACAAGCUUGGGAUUCUCAUAUGCUGUUAUAAUGUACUACUGUGUUCCAUAACAAAACAUUAAAUGGAGA